AUGCUCCAGGGCUCGGGCGGGCCCGAGGGGUCUGCGGCCGCGGCCGCCGCGCGCUCCCCCGCCCCCCCGGGGGCGCCCGGGCCCCGACCUCGGCAGGAGCGCGCGCCGGGGCGGCGGAGCGGCGGCCUGGAGGAGCCCGCGGCGUGGGAGACCGACGGCCUGCUUCCUCUGGAACGGCAGCUCCAUGAGACCGCCCGACGGAACAACAUCGGCAGGAUGAAGGAACUGAUUGAAAGGAGAGUCAACGUCAGAGCCAGAAACCACGUGGGCAGGGUGGCCCUGCACUGGGCCGCGGGCGCCGGGCACGAGCAGGCCGUGCAGCUGCUCCUGCAGCACGAGGUUGCUGUGGACGAUGAGGACGCGUUUGGUAUGAACGCGCUCCUCCUGUCUGCCUGGUUUGGCCACUUGCGGAUCCUCCAAAUCCUGGUCAACUCUGGGGCCAAGAUCCACUGUGAGAACAAGGACGGCUUGACCUUACUUCACUGUGCGGCCCAAAAGGGCCACGUGCCGGUGCUGGCAUUCAUAAUGGAGGAUCUGGAGGAUGUGCCCCUGGAUCGUGCUGACAAGCUGGGAAGGACAGCGUUUCACCGGGCUGCUGAGCAUGGUCAGCUGGAUGCUCUGGACUUCCUUGUGGGCUCUGGCUGUGACCACAGUGUGAAAGACAAGGAGGGGAAUACAGCCCUUCACCUGGCUGCCAGCCGGGGCCAUCUGGCUGUGCUGCAGCGACUUGUGGACAUCAGGCUGGACCUGGAGGAGCAGAACACGAAGGGUCUGACUGCCCUGCACGCAGCAGCUGAAGGUGUCCACGCGGACUGUGUGCAGCUGCUCCUCGAGGCUGGGAGCAGUGUGAACGCCCUCACCCAGAAAAAACAGAGCUGCCUCCACUACGCAGCCCUUGGUGGCUCCGAGGACGUGGCCCGAGCCCUCAUCCAUGCAGGAGGCCAGACCAAUGUAGCUGAUCAUCAGGGCGCCUCUCCUAUGCACCUGGCUGUGAAGCACAACUUCCCUGCCUUGGUCCAGCUCCUCAUUGAUGCUGGCAGUGACCUGGAUGCCACCGACAAUAGGCAGCAGACGCCCCUCCACCUUGCUGCUGAGCACGCCAGGCAGGACAUAGCGGAGAUGCUCCUCAUCGCGCGGGUUAACUUAAACCUGAGAGAUAAGGAACGUUUGCAGCCGAUGCUAGAGGCCACCCUACACCUGUCCGGUAGCAACCCUGGCCUCCCCUCUUCCUUGCAGCAAGGGAAAACUGCCCUGGCCGUGGCCGCUCGCAGCAACCACACCAGCCUGGUGGACAUGAUCAUAAAAGCUGAUCGCCUCUACAAGCGGGAGAAGGAUCACCCCUUGCGCAGGGAGCCUUCUGGGAAGAACUUGACCUUUAAGCAGGAUCAUCGGCAGGAAAGGCAGCAGUUCCACUCUGUGCUGUGGCGACUGGCCUCCAGGGACCUGCGGCCUCAUGAAUGGAAGAAGCUCGCGUAUUGCUGGGAGUUCACCGACGCCCAUGUCCACGCCAUCGAGCAGCAGUGGACAGGCACCAAGAGCUACCAGGAGCACGGCCACCGGAUGCUGCUCAUCUGGCUGCAUGGCGUGGCCGUAGCCAGUGAGAACCCCAGCAAAGCGCUGUUUGAGGGCCUCGUGGCCAUUGACAGGAGGGACCUGGCUGAAAGCGUCAGGAAGAAAGCAAAUGCUGACCCAAGUGCCCCCAGCAGGUGCAUGGCCAUGUAACUGGAGAGGCCAGACCUCCAGAGGCAUGGGGCCUCAGAAUGGGCACCACUGAGCAGAAGAGGACCACCAUUUAAGGGCUUAAAAAAAAAAAAAAUCACUGUUAACAGAUCUCCAGCUGCUUGUAUUAAAGUAGGCAGUCGUGCCA